UCGAAAAKCUUAUCCUUGCAACUAAAUUUUGAGAGACUGAUGGAGUACAUGAAUUGUUGCAGUGCCAAGAGGAUUGUGCGUAUACUUCUAUACGCUAUCUUUUUUAUGCUCGCCUUGAGCUCCGAUUUUAGUGCUUCGGGAAAUGAAUCGGAUCGUUUGACUCUACUUGACUUGAAAAGUAGAGUAGUGAAUGAUCCAUUCAAAAUCGUCAGUUCUUGGAACGAUUCUUUGCAUUUGUGUGAUUGGGUUGGGGUAACUUGUAGUUCCACUACUGGAAGAGUAGUGGUGUUGGACUUGGAAGCUCGGAAAUUGACUGGUUCGAUACCCCAUUCUGUGGGAAACCUCACUUAUCUUGUUGAGAUCAGGUUGGGAGACAACAACUUCCAUGGCGGAAUCCCCCAAGAGUUGGGUCAGCUACUACAACUGCGUCAUCUCAAUUUGUCCUUCAAUAACUUUAGUGGUCAGAUUCCACACCAAUUGUGCGCGUUAAGCAAGUUGGAACUACUAGCACUUAGCCGCAAUAAUCUGAUUGGAMCAAUCCCAUCUUGGGUAGGAAAUUUAUCUUCCAUAUCUCGCUUGUCGCUUGCACGAAACAAAUUUGAAGGAGACAUUCCUAAUGAAGUAGGGCAUCUAUCAAGAUUGAAAUUGUUUACCGUUUAUGACAACAAUUUGAUAGGUACAGUGCCAUCUUCAUUAUAUAAUGUAACUUCUCUGAUUUACUUCGCUCUCACUCAAAAUCGACUACAAGGAACUCUACCACCAAAUAUCGGAUUUACUCUUCCCAAUCUUCAGUUAUUCGUUAUUGGUAUCAAUUAUUUCUGUGGGACUAUUCCCACAUCCUUAACUAAUGCCUCCCAUCUUCAAAUUUUAGAUCUUGCUGACAAUAGUUUCACUGGAGUGCUAUCUCAUGACUGGGGCAAUUUAAAAGACUUAGAGAGGCUCAAUUUUGGAAAGAACCUACUUGGAAGUGAAAAAGUUGGUGACUUAAAUUUUAUCACUUCCUUGGCUAAUUGUACUAGUCUAAGGUUUCUAAGUCUUUUUGGGAAUCGAUUUGGAGGAGCAUUACCUCCCUCUAUCGGAAACCUUUCAAAUAAGCAUCUAAUACACCUAACCUUAGGUACAAAUAUGUUAACCGGAAGCAUUCCUACUGAGAUUGAAAACCUGAUUAACUUGCAAGUUCUAGAAUUGAAAGAUACUUAUGUGAAUGGUAKUAUCCCUCCUAAUAUUGGGAAACUUCAUAAUUUGGUAGAGCUGUAUUUGGCUGCUAACAAAUUAUCUGGCCCGAUUCCAUCCUCCAUUGGUAAUUUAUCUUCACUGGCCACGCUCGCCAUGGACUCUAACAAACUUGAGGGAAGUAUACCUCCCAGCUUGGGACAAUGCAAAAGCCUCCAAUUUCUUUACUUAUUUAAUAAUAGCCUAACUGGCAUCAUACCAAAAGAAGUUCUCAAUCUUUCCCUUGCCAUCUUCUUGGCCUUGGAUCAUAACUCGUUUAAUGGUCCAUUGCCAUCUGAAGUGGGUGAGUUAGUUGAUUUGAUAGCAUUGGAUGUAUCAAACAACAAAUUAUCAAGUGAUAUUCCCAACAAUCUCGGUAAGUGUAUUACCAUGAAAUACUUGAAUUUGGAGGGUAAUCAAUUUGAGGGAACAAUUCCUCAAUCUUUUGAAGCUUUGAAAGGUCUAGAAACACUUGAUCUUUCAAGCAACAACUUAUCAGGGCUUAUUCCCCAAUUCCUUAGCAAGUUUCUCUCACUCAAGUAUCUCAAUCUAUCCCACAAUAAUUUUGAGGGGAAGGUCCCAAAAGAAGGUCCAUCGAUGUUGUCGUCAACAAAUUGCAAGCAAUUAGAACCUCCUAUCUCAAGUUUAAGAGGACAAGUCGGAGGUUGAAUAGAUAUUUGUUUCCCCAAGCUUAAGGGACAAAUAACUCUACCAAACAAAAAUCUAUUUUUCAUUACUAUUAUUUUUGGUUGUUUUUA